UGGAGGUUUUAAGGAGUGUCUGGUGAGAUUUUUGGAAGAGAAAAGGCUUUCUUUCUUCUUUUCAUUGUAGACUAUUCAAUUAGAUUGUGUGAGUGAGAUUCUGGGACACAUUUCCAGCUCUCAAGCAGGACCCUGAAUUCCCUUGGAACAGAAAGGAAAGCUGUUGGACCUUGAGCUGUUGUCCUUCCAUGAUGUGGCUUUGUGCUCUGGUUUUGGUCUAUCUCACUGCAUGCACAACUUGGGGGCACCCCUCCUCACCUCCUGUGGUGGACACAGUACAUGGCAAAGUCCUGGGGAAGUAUGUCAGCCUGGAGGGAUUUGAACAGCCAGUCGCCAUCUUCCUGGGAGUCCCUUUCGCCAAGCCCCCUCUGGGAUCCCUGAGGUUUGCUCCUCCACAGCCUGCAGAGCCAUGGAACUAUGUGAAGAACACCACCUCUUACCCUCCCAUGUGCUCUCAAGAUGCAAAAGGGAAUCAGAUGCUCUCUGAUCUCUUUACCAAUAGGAAGGAGGGCAUUCCUAUCAGGUAUUCUGAAGAUUGUCUGUAUUUAAAUAUUUACACUCCAGCAGACUUGAGGAAGAAAAGCAGUUUGCCAGUGAUGGUGUGGAUCCAUGGGGGUGGUCUGGCCAUUGGUGGGGCAUCAACCUAUGAUGGACUGCCCAUGGCUUCCCUUUAGAACAUGGUGGUGGUGACCAUUCAGUACCGACUAGGCAUCUGGGGAUUCUUCAGUACAGGGGAUGAACACAGCUGGGGGAACUGGGGUCAUUUUGACCAGGUGGCUGCCCUGCACUGGGUACAGGACAAUAUUGCCAAAUUUGGAGGGAACCCAGGCUCUGUGACCAUUUUUGGAGAAUCAGCAGGUGGUGAAAGUGUCUCUGUACUUGUGCUGUCUCCCCUGACCAAGAACCUGUUCCACAGGGCCAUUUCUGAGAGUGGGGUGGCUUUAACUGCUGGUCUGGUCAUGAAGGAUGCCAAACCUUUGGCUAAGAAAAUUGCUGUUGCUGCUGGGUGUAAAACCAUUACGUCAGCUGUCAUGGUUCACUGCCUGCGCCAGAAGACAGAGGAAGAAUUAUUAGAGAUCUCACAGAAGAUAAAACUUCUUCAAGUGGAUUUACUUGGAGACCCCAGAGAGCAUUAUCCCUUAAUAGGCACUGUGAUAGAUGGAGUGUUACUGCUCAAGACACCUGAAGAAAUUAGUGCUGAAAAGAAUUUUAACACCGUCCCCUAUAUGGUAGGAAUCAACAAGCAAGAGUUUGGCUGGAUCAUUCCAAAGUUGAUGGGAAAUCCAAUUCCUGAAGGCAAGCUGGACCAGAAGACGGCCACAUCACUUUUGUGGAAGUUCUAUCCUUUUAUUAAUGUUCCUGAGGAACUUGCACCAUUGGCCACUGAGAAAUAUUUAGGGGGAACAGAUGAUCCUGUCAAAAAAAGAGAGCUUUUCCUGGACUUAUUGGCAGACUUGAUGUUUGGUGUCCCAUCUGUGACUGUGGCCCGUGGCCACAGAGAUGCUGGAGCUCCCACUUACAUGUAUGAGUUCCAGUAUGGUCCAAGCUUCUUCUCAGGCUUGAGACCCAAGACGGUGAUAGGAGACCAUGGGGAUGAGAUCUUCUCAGUGCUUGGGGCUCCAUUUUUAAAAGGGGGUGCCUCAGAAGAGGAAAUCAACCUCAGCAAGACAGUGAUGAAAUUCUGGGCCAACUUUGCUCGAAAUGGGAACCCCAAUGGGGAGGGGCUUCCUCACUGGCCAGAGUAUGACCAAAAGGAAGGAUAUCUUCGUAUUGGUGCCACCAUCCAACCUGCCCAGAGACUGAAAGACAAGGAAGUGACCUUCUGGACCCAUCUUCUUGCAAAUAAGGCAGCAGAGAAGCCACUGCAGAAAGCACACACUGAGCUCUGACUGGGAGGCCCAGCCAGUUUCAGGAACCUGGAACAUUCAACACAGUUGUAUUUGAUAGAUCCUGUUUGUAGGCCAAAGAGGCAUCUUAUUGUAGAGGCCAAAGAAUUGUUUCUUGGUGUUGGGAAGAAUGCAAGGAUGGGUAAUGUUUUCACUCUGUUCCCAAUUUGGAGAUAAAGGUUCUUUUGAACAAAAUAAUCACUGUCUGUGCCAUGAUCUGGAGACAAACACUCAUCCUCAGAGAGAUAAGGAUCAUUUCCUCCUCCACAUGCUUGUACUUGUGAGAAUGUCUUUAAAAUGUUUAUGAAAGUUCCAAAGAUCAACUGUAGACUAGAAUGAAAGUGUAAAGCCCAUGAGACCCACAGUUCUGUUGGGGAGUUUACAUUAAUAGUAGACUCUUCGCUAUGAAUCUAUGUCAGUUAUUCAUGAGAAAGAUUAAGGGCAAGUGGUAAAAUGAGAGAAAGCCUUUUUCCAUUGUGUAGGCACAAAGUUAUGCUCAGACCCUUUUGAGAAACAGAAUUUUAAAGCCACUAGACAAAGAAUAGUGAAAGUUCACUUGCUCAGAGCCCUGGUGAGGAACUAUUGGGCAAGCAAAAAUGGAAAACUUAAAAACUCUAUAUUCCUUCCAGUUUGAUAUAAGAGAUUUCUGCCACAAGAAUCUGCCCUUGUCUAUUUUUGUAGGCUUUUCAACAGUUGUUGGAUAGUACUGGAAUUUGGAGGUACUGGUCUGCCUCCUUUAUUUGGUAUUCUGA